AGGAGAGACUGGCAGUUGUAGAGCUCAGGCCCUGCUGGGGGUGCAGGAUGACAUGGCUUCGCGGUUUAAGUCUGCUGUGGCUUGGUCUCCUGUUGGUUCCCCUCUCCCAUGAGCUGAACCAAGAGAUCAGCAGAGUCAGGAAGCUGUGUGGCAGCCAUUUGUUGAAAGAAAUAGUAAAACUCUGUGGCGAUACUGACUGGAGCCAGUUUCAGUUUGAGGAAGAAACACCUUUGGCACAAUUGGCUCCCCAGGCCAUUCCGAAAGUUGAAGCCCUUGACCUCCAUCAGUUCAAAAGACCCAAAAUGCCUUUCCCCGUGUGGGGAGGCGUCACAAACCCAGCCUCUACUUCUGCCUCUCAGGAAGAAGCAAUAAGCAGUUUGGACAUUCAGAGAUUGCCUGAGUAUCAGUAUAAAAAGACCAACUUGCUCCUUGAUAAGAAAAGAAAAUUUUCUUCAUCACAUGAUGUCAAUCCAUAUGUUCACAAAAAUGUUAAAUUUCAGAAGAAAAGUACAAACUAAAUUAACACCUUAAGCAAUAUAUUUUGGGGGAAUCAUCCUCAAAGGAAACGCAGCGGAUACUCAGAUAAAUGUUGCCUUAAGGGAUAUACAAAAGAAGAACUUGCCAUUGCAUGCUUUCCAUAUAUUGAUUUUUCAAACAAUGAUAAAAGAGCCUGGGAUAUACCAAUUAUCAUAAGAACUAUACAAACUUAAUAAAACCUCACUGUAUCAACUGUUUAUUUUUGGUAAAUGUGCUUAUAGGUGCUAUGUGGUGAAUGUACU